AAAUGACAACAUACUUUUGUGACACAACGUUAUAAAAAUGUCAAAACAGUUUUUAAAACUUAAUUAUACUUAGGCUUAAUAAUAUACUAGAAUUUAUUUUAAUAAAUAAUUACUAUGUGUAACAUUAUUUUUAAUAAGUGAGAAAAAUGAGUUCAGCUAAAGACGAUGACGAUUAUUGGUAUGGCAGUGAUAAACGAUCUUUUUGUUUUGAAAGCAAUGAGAGAGACAAUUUAUUUGGAGUUUCAAAAUCAGGAACUGCUCUUUUAAGAGCUGGAAUUUCUAAUAUACAAAUACCUGAAAACUAUUUGAAGAAUGAUGAUCGUCAAUGGAAUUUAAAACCAUUAUUAUCUGUCAUCUCGGACAAAACGCUAAAUUAUAUAUUAACGGCAGAUAAAGCUCAACAACAAAAUGAUGAAGUAAAUGGAAUUCAUCAAGAAAUAACGCUAAAGAAAAUUUUACAAGGACAAGUUGUUUCUUUGGAAUCAUAUAAAUCUCUAGCGAGUAAAACUUCUCUGCUUGAUGCAGCAAUUGCCAGUGGCAAUGGAAAUGCAAUUCUAGGUAUAGUAUUGUUUAUUAUGAAGACAUUAAAAACGUCUUUAGCUCAAAAAUUAUUAAUGGAACGUCCAGAAGCGAUGAACGCUUAUUUGCAUUAUCUUUCCACGAGAUUGCAAAGAAAUGAGAUUACCGAUCUUCUAACUAUGCAAGGCCUAACUGUAGACGCAGCUAUUAGAGAUUUGCAUCUCAUUAUAAAGAAUACAAGCAAUAGUGAGAGACUGUUACAAAGACUUCGUAAUUGUCACAAGACACUUUUUAUGGAUUUACAAGAUUGUCCAGAAACUAAGUUUAUUGAAUUGUACAUAAAACUAUUAGAAUGGCAACUAGAUGUAAAAGACACUCAGCUCAGUAAACAAUUGGAGGUGAAUUCUCCAUUAUUAAAAUGUCUCGAGCAUACUUGUCGCGAUCAUUGGGAUUCGUCUGAAGGGAAUUUAAUUUCACCAACAACAUUAUUGAAACAACAUCAAAUUUCACCUCGUCAGUAUGAAAAAGUUGCAUUAAAAACGCGAGCUACCGAAGAAGCCUGGGAUGAUAUUGAUCGUUUACUUCAUACAAAGAGUUGGCUUGGCGGUAAAAAAUUACAAACGUCUCUGCCAAUUGAAGAAAUAUUAAAGAUAUUACAGGACUGUAAAGCACCAAAUCCUAUUCUUGAAAAAUUCCUCGGUUAUGUAGAUAAUAUUAAAAAACGUUUAGAUAUCGCCAAAAGCAUUCAAUGCUACAAAAGUGUCAUUGAUAUUCUUGUUUCUCAAGGAGAUCGAACGGCUCUUCUCGAAUAUAAAGCGAGCCUACAACCUCAAUCGGAACAAUAUUUUUAUGCUGAGAACUUUUUACAUAAUCCAGGAACAAAAUGGCGAAAUUAAUUUUAAUGCAAAAAUUUUAAUCUUCGCAAAGUUUACAAAAAAAAAAAAAAAAAGAAACAAAAAUUUGAAUCUCAAGAGCGGAAAAAUAUUUUAUUACAAGACUAUUUGAAAAUUUAAUCAUGAAAUAAAUUAUAUUUCAUUGUACGCACAAUCAAAAUUAUUCUCUCUAUAAGAGAGACACACGUGAUAUUUGUACUACAAUAAAAAAGACGUUUUUUUGUAAACAAUUUAUAAAAAAAAAAAUAUAUAAACAUAUUACUAAAAACAAAAAUCAGGGAUUUCAUUAAAAUUUUUGAAUUAAA